AUGUCGCGACUAGGUGGUGAUGGUGGUAGUGAUGAUGAUGCUGGCGGUGAUGGUAGUGAUGGUGGUGGCGGCAAGGGUUGCUAUUGGCGUCCAGGCAUCGACGUUAACGACGUAAAAGGGCCGUUACGGCGCACGUUGGCGGCGGCGGCCCAGGCGGCGGCGGCGGCGGCAGGGGCAGCUGCGCCAGCUCUGGGUUUUGCCUUUUACAAUGACGCCGAUCCGGAGGGCCGUGAGCACUGGCUGUUUGCGCACUCGAAGGGCGUCCUGGUGUUUGGGCCGUCUGGGGGCGUGUGGAUCACACACAGCUUCCCAUCCUUCCCGGCCCGACCGCCAGGCCGCCACAAGCCGCCGCCGCCGCCGCCGGCAGCGGCAGCGGAUGGGAAUGUGGUGGUCGAGAGUGCCGACGGUGGCGGCGACAUGCGCGGGGACGGCGGCCCAGAUCCCCCCUGGGACGUUGUACGACACGCACAGACAGUGUACGGCCAGCAUGCUCUGUGUCUGACACUCCCGCGGGAGGAUCUCUUGCGAGUGGCGGAAUCUUUGCUUGUAGCAAAGGUGUACGUGUACGACCACGUCAUGCCAGACAGACUUAAGAAAAAGUACGAUGUAAUUCAGCAGUUAAUCGAUGCCUCGGGAUUCGAUGCGGCGGAGGAAUCGGCCAGCGGGGCCGGUGCCGCCGCUACCGCCGCCGCUGACGUGGCCCUCGAUCUGUACGGCGAUUGUCCGCGAGGCAUCGCCGCCGGCGAUGCGGCCGGCGGCGGCGGCGGCAGCGACGUUUCACGGCGUUUGUUGCGUUCGAGGCGCUCGCUCCGGCGGGGGCGGCGGCAGCAGCCGUCUUCCCUGACCGCGAUGACGUCAGCAUCGUCGUUGCUGCAAUCGUCGCCGUCACACCUGCCGCCAGCUGCACGUAACGUCUCCCAACGGCUGCUAACCACCCUGUACGGCAGCACCUGGCGCCACAUCACCAAGUCGCCCAGUCAUGCAGUAGACUUCCAUGAGCAGCCAAGCCAGCGCUUCCGCGGCGGCGGCUACAUCUGUACGGCAGAUCCACGGAUCUGGUCCGCGUUCCGUCAGCUGGUGGCGGAGGUGGCGAUUGUUAGAGAUACUGGUUAG